AUGGCGGCAGGUUCUUCGUGUGCGUUGGUAUUUUUCUCCAGUUUUCUCGUUUUCCUGCCAUUUGCAACACCUUCAACUGCAUCUCCUGGAUUGCUUUCUGAUUCCUACAGGCAAAUUGCACAAAAGUUUGGAGUUCCAUUUCCAGUUCCCGUAAUUUCCAGUUUGUCUCUUAACGUCUCUGUGCAAUGCAACUACAGCCUCCACAUUCUGUUUAGUAACCCCAAACUUCUGGAGUCUUGUAAGUAUGACUAAAAUAAACGCUUUAACGCAUUCGGUCAAUUUGAAGGUUGAAUCGAAGAACAAUUAGCCUUUUUUCUGUUUUAUUGCCAAAAGAAUGAAUUCUUCGCGCGAUCUCGCCGCCCGGCCGUUAAUUCAUGGUGGCCUACUCAGCAAGUGUAGCUUCUUUAGUGUGAAACUUUAAUAGCAGCAUUGCCAACUAGGCGUUGAAUCACUUAAUCAGUUGCCACUCACUCGAGGGACUGUCGGCUGUUUUCUCAAGCUAGCAAGUUUGCAGCGCGCUACACUAUCUCGCAGUACGUAACCUGAGCUGAGAUCUGGCCCAAUUUUUGCAAUGUCAUGUACGGCCACGCUGGACUGGGGUCUGCCGGAUUAUGCUCGAAAAAUAGAGUACUAUGCUUUCGGGCGUCCCCCGUGAAACUAGGGUAUUAUGCUCAAAAUUAUGCUCGACUGGAGUUAUUAUGCUCAAAUUAUGCCGGUCUAAAAUGACACUUCCACCCCCCCCCCAAUAGGCCUGUACCUAUUGAUAAACAUUCCUAGUCUUUCCUUUUUGAAAGAAUUGUUAGACAAUAAUUAUUCAGUUAAACAUUUGAUGAGCAAGCGAAAGGUUGGAAAUUGUGAGGCAUUGAAAGGCUUUAUAUAUGUCUUUCUCCAAUGAACUUGGAUUAUAGCAAAAUGCACUGGGAACAAGUCUAAUGUAUCAAGUUAAAAUAUUCCCACUUUUAUCAACUAUGUACAUUCCAGAGCGUCGCUAAGAGCGAGAAGCUGGCAAAAUUUGCAUACACCUCUCACAGUUUUCAGACACAGAGGCAUUAUGCUCCAAAAAUAUUAGUAUUAUGCCAGCAUUAUGCCUGAUGCUCCAGAUAUAGUAUUAUGCUCAAAAUUAUGCCGGCAUAAUCCGGCAGACCCUACGCUGGGCCCGAUACAAACUCUCACCAGGCUGUUACGCUGCGGUUACCCUGCGAGCAGAGGCCCUUCGAUCUUCCUAGAUAAGUCGGGAAGACUUAUCUGGGAAGAUGGAAGGGCCUCUGCUCGCAGGAUACACUGUGGUCAGAUUUGAUCACAAUGCUGAUUGACUUAUAGGGGAAUGUUGCAGGAUGUGAUUGGUUUAUGUUGCAAUUACUAAAGGAGGAUAUUACCAUCAUCCUGUAAUGCAUUGUGGUCAAAACGGCCAACCCAGUGUGGCUCAUUUUAUUUUCGAAAGUGUCACCGCGGAGGUAACAGGGAAACAUGAAAUAAUUUUUUAGAAAUCCAGCAUACUCCACGUAAACUGUAUCGAUUGUACAAUAUAGAAUUUCUACCGAUGCCCUUCUCAGGUUUAAGAUUUUGUAAAUAAAAGCUUAUACCAGUCUGAUGAACCCUUGCUAGGGGGGUCCGCUGUGAAAUAAAAUAAUAUUCAGUAAUACUUUUUUUUAAAAAAAGCUUGGUAUGUGGUUUGUGGUAAAAUAUGCAUUUACUGUAGAAGAUAUCAAAGAAGCUGGCUACAAGAAGCUCAGUACGCAAUAAAUAUUCAUCCAUGAUUAACAUGACCAGUAGGUAUCUUACUUUGCUGGCCCAUAGACCAACAUGUACGCAUCUUUUGCAGCUUCAAACAAGUUGUUGACCUCCAACACUACUGUUGUGAAACAAUAACUACAGUUAUAGUAAUCUCCUGUCUGAAUAUAAGAAUAAGUAAAUGAAUGCUACUAUUUGAUUGGAAACUUGUUGAAAAUAUUACUAAAUGCACUCCUGCAACACGAACUUGUCUCUAAUCGUAAUAAGUAGCUCCAAUAAUACUCCACGUUUAAGAUGAAAAAUUUUUUGCUGGGAAAAUGCGGAGUCAAAAGGAGUCAAUUGGGUUAGUUAGAAUGCUUGAAGUAUAAUAGCAUGGAUUUUUGUCUCAAUUCUCCAUCACCUCCUUGUUUGAUUACGGAAAUGAAUAACUCAAAAACACUAUGAAUACAACAGAUAAGCAAUGACGCAUGACAAAAGAAAGGUCACAUGGUCAAAUCUUACAGAAAACAGGAUAAUUUAAUCAGGAAAUCAUUCUUUCUUCCUAAUGAAAGAUGAGAAAUUAUGCAGACCUAGUUUACCUCCAUAUCUCAUCUUUAAAGUGGCAAAAAUUUCUCAGAAACUUUCAGUAAAAUUCAUGUUUUCAUCACAUAGACUGGAGACAAUCACCCUGAAAUAGGCACAAGGCAUGCUGGGAAGAUGGUAACAUCCUCCUUUACAGUUACCCUAAGCUGAAAGCAUGAUGAUUAUAUGUUUCUGGGAGACUGCCCACCUACCCCUCCCCUAAGCCAACAUCAACACUUACCUCUCACCCGGGGCAAAAUGUUGGCUUAGGGGAGGGGUAGGUGGGCAGUUUCCCAGAGACGUAUAAUGACCCCAAAUUUUCUAACUGUCACCAGAGAUUAUAGGUGAUCAAAUUUCCUUUCUUAUUUGAUUAUGAGACCAUGAAAAAGACAACACUCAAGUGUUUAACAUUAUUAUCUUAUUGCAUUUUUUUCUUGAAAUAAUAGAUUGAAUUUUUUUCCUCACAAGUCUUUAAAAGAUUUUGAUCAAUGAUUGAUUUUAAUUGAUAAUCAACAGAAUAAUAUUAGAUUCAUUAUUUUUUUCAGACUUGGAUGCUACUGGUAAACCUUCAAGUGGAAUUCUUGUUGGAAAUCUUGCCUGGUUAGGAUCGUAUGAUGAGUGCACAAAGUAUGUUCCUGAUGCACAUUACUGCAUGGCCUUCUUUGAUACACCUAUUCAACCACUGACCAAGGUGAGAAUGCUUUCACCAUUAAAUUUGAUUACCAUCCAUGUUUGUGAUGGAACUUGAGAAAUACAUUUUAACUUGUGAAUGGCAAAACUGCAGCUUAGUAUCAAACAAAUGUUUCCUAUUAUUUGUGUAGCAUUAUAUCAAGUCAUUUCAAAUGUUAAAAAUUACAAAAAUGAAGUUUGAAGAACUGUUAGGCUGACAGGUUUUCAGUGCAAUCAGAGUGCAAAGAAAGUCAGAUUUACAGCUUGCCAUUCGGGCAAGCUAUAGCUAGCAUGUACUAGCCUGAAAUUAGCAUUUCAACUAGCCUGAAAAAGAUUUGAUGAGCAGGAUUGAUUACAUUUCUUCUGUAAUUUGAAUUCCCCAAGAAAAAAAUCACUUGCCCGUUGGGCAAGUUAAGAACAGAAUUCACUAGCCUGAUAGCAAAAUCCACUGGUCCCAGGUUAUUGGACACCACUUUCUUUGCAUGCUGGCAAUCCAUUUCAAACUUCUUUAAGUUUGUCAAUCCGCGUCUUUAUCUGCAAGGAGACAGCGUGGCCAAGCGGUUAGAGCAAUGGAUUUGUAAUCCAGAGGCUCCGAGUUCAAGCCCUGCCCUAACUGCUAGCUGGAUUUGUUCUGGGUAGUCCUGAGUUCAAAUCCACAGCCAUACUUGUAAAUUAAAGCCCACUGGUUUGCCUACUACCAAAUGGGAUUUUAUAACCUUGUUUUUCCAUUUAGAUUUAUUUGUUUCAUUAUCCCUGAAAAGUCCCAUAAGGGGGGAGUGGAUAUUAAGUAUUUCGAAGGUUUUACUUCCUAAAAGAAGAUUGUAUAAAUUCAUACUUUUAGUGGCAGGGGUCUUUCGCAGAAUGCUGAAUGCUGAAUGAACAAUGCAAAGGGGCCUGUGGAAAAGCCAGAAUCCGGAAUCCGGAACCGGAGCUGGAAACGGAACCGGAACCGGAACCGGAACCAGAACCAGAACUGGAACCCGAACCUAAGAAAUAAAACUUGGAGACGUUUCUGUCUUGAGAGUGUCACUAACAAUUAUUGCUCGAUCAAGACUUUUCAUCCCCACAUUAUAGUUAUUUAUUGUCAUUAUAUUUUUUACUGUUGCAUUUUUUGCGUAAGGUGCAAAAUUUUUCUUCGAGAAUUUCAUAUACGCAUGAGUGUUGCAACUUGGGAUCAUGAUUGACAUGAGUACUCCCCUUCCCUUUGCCGCCUUUUCCUCACAAUGGUUGAAACACGGAGCCCUUUUAAGAAAUGAGUAACUUAGGCUCAAGAGAAGGAAAUGAAUAACACAGCGGUCUUAAACAUCACACUAAUAAUGGCUGUUUUUUGCAGUCAAUCGGCUUCUGAUUAGUUCUAGUCUCGAUCUGUCGAAAAUUGCUUGACCUACAGCUGCAGUCACAGUUUAUGACUGCUAGGAAUAACAGUAGGAUGCACUUACCUUUUUUUUGCACGUCACUUUCCGAAUGUGCGUAUAUCAUUGGUAUCACAAUCACUGUGCUGAAAAUUUCUCAAAACAAUGAUAACAGAGGACGCCAUCUUGAAUUUUAUUCCCACAUGGGUAUUGGAACUGGUUUCAGUGCUUCCCAGUUCCCAGUUUUGGUCUCAAUUUAAGUUCCGGUGCCGGUGCCGGUGCCGGUGCCGGUCCCGGAUUCCGGCUUUUCCAUACACCCAUGCAAAGGCCACAUGAAUCUGAAAUUUAGUGAUUUAUAUGGUUAGGAAACAGAGUGAGUCAUUAUACCGGAAAAGUUCAGUGGUAGAUCCGGAGGGGGGCCCUUAUUUUUAGACCAUACUAAGGGCUGAAGGCCCAAAAAAAAUUUUUGGAGACCAGACCCCCCCUCUCAUCUCAGGGUCUAGAUGACUGGGCCCUUUCCUUAUAUGAACGUCUGGAUCCGUCACUGAAGUUGACCUAAAACUUUAUUCACUCUGUUUCCUACCCCUAAUCACUAAACUUCAGUGUCAUUUGGCAUUCUGUAUUCUACAUUCAGCGUUCUACAUUAAGCAAAUGAAAUACCCCUGCUGUACUUUUAGAAAGAGGGGAAAAUGAUGUGUGUAGUGAACUUUUAAGUACUGAUACUCCUUAUUUACUAAGAGUAACUUUUCUCUUUUCUAUUAUUCCAGGCAUUUCCUAUACAAUGGGGAAUAUGUGCACCCAAACAAUGUGAUGAGCACGAUUUAACUAACUUGGUGGAUAAAUUUCUUGCCUGUAAGUUAGCCAUUGUUUAUGUUAAAACAUUUAUUUUUUCAUUUAUGCUAACUAGGACUGCAGUGAUACAUUUUUUUGCAUUAUAUGAUACAGAUCAUAUACAUGGUGUACAAAAGCAUGGUGUAGUACUUAUUUGAUUAUAAUCAAUGAUCAGCUGGGCAGCAUGCAAAGAAGGUGGUGUCUGAUAUCCCGAGGCUAGCGUAUUUUGCUAUUGGGCUAGUGAAUUCUGUUCUUAACUUGCCCUUAAAAUAAUGUCCAGCGCUGGCCACAAGAUCCCUACUUUCCUUUUUCAUCCUUAUACAAUGUAGUUCUCCAUGGUGUGGAAGUGUGAAAGAACUCUACUUUCCUUGCUCAUCCCAAGUUAUACACUUGCACGUGAAGUUUUCCUGGGGAAUUCAAAUAAUUUUAUAGAAGUGUAAUCAAUCCUGCUGGUCAAGAUUUUUUUUUGGGGGGGGGGGUGGGGGGUGCAAGUCAAACUGACUUUCUGGAUAGUACAUGCUAACUUCAACUUGCCCCAAAAGCAAGCUGCAAAACUGUCUUUAUUUGCACCCUGAGGGGCAUUCUGAUUUUUUCAGAUGGUCAAUAUCAACUUUAAUCUUCACUGGUUCAUCUUAGAGCAAUUUUUGUAUGACCUUGAAAUAAAAACGUACAAACAAAACAGAAACAACAAACAAACAGAAAUAGAGCAAUUUGAUUGGUUCAUCAAACAGAUACAAACAUGCGUGGUAUUUGGUUGGUUAAGUGAACCUUGGAUGAAAAACCUUCAUGCUGGAGAACUUUCUAGAAAUCAACCGAUACUUUGCUUUGACUUCAUACUGCAACAUGAUUGGCCAAUCGAAAUUGCCUUCUCCAUAUUAGGUUUUUCUUUGGCGGGAAAAAGAAGAGGCCAUGUUUUGACCUCUUUAUCCAUUGGCUGAUAAAACAAAUAGCAAACUCUUGCCAAAACCAUUUUACAAGGUCAUACGAAAAUUGCUCUAUCAGCAUUCCUUUUUUUCUAAGUGAGCUUUGUCAGAAUUACCCCACCAGACUAAACUGUCUGUAAAUGGAGCAUGUCUGUUCCAGCUGAACUGCAUUAUACUCAGCUCUUGUAGAAGGACCAGUCUCACUCUCUUGUGUGAAUAAUUGCAAGAAAUUUGCUAACGAACAGCGAUUUAGGGGAACAGAGAUAAUUAAAAAAGAGUGUAAAAAGCUGAGGUUUCGGCAUCAUCAUGAUGUCAUUGGCAAAUUGUCUUCUUGAUAGACACCAGCUCAUGAUUAAACGGAACCUUUUCCCUGCAGCAUUUGCCUGAAAAUUAAUGGUACAGCUUGUCUCUGGGGAGAAAUCUAUGACUGACCACUUUUCAAAAAUCUGUUAUCAUAAAUGUCAUUUGUUAAAAUAAUGUUUUUGUGGAUUUUACUUAUGUUUUACUCGCAGUGAAAAUCAAUGUCAAGGUUAAGUGAUAGCACUCAAAAGUAUAACAAUAUAACGUAGUUAACAGCGUGAUCAGAGUACUAAAAUUAUAUGGUCUCUCUUUUCCUUUUCAGUUCUUAAAUUAGUUAACAUAACGAUUGAAUUCAGUGCACGAGUUGCUGAAGCAGGAAGCAAAGAGGCUAAACCUAUUUACUGCAAGAAAGAACCGGAAUACACAACUGCGGUAAUAAUUACUCUGUAAGUACAUAGCUAUAUGAAUCUUUGAAAUAAAAAUUGCACAGAAUUUAUGUUUCAAAGUGAAAGAAAGCUGGGUUACUUACUUGGAACAAAUGCCACUAAAUCGUAGUCAACAGUUACCAGCACCGUACAAAUGACUUAUGGACAGAUCAGAAUCAAGCAAAACUAACUGCAAAAGAACAACUGGACGACUGACAAUAUUUAUUUGGCUAACAAUUUACAAUUGUUUGACUGUGACAAGACAAGGAUCAAAACGCACCAAUGACAUCUCAAGUCCCGAUAUCCAAUAACAUCAUGGCUUAAAUGACUGAGGACCAAUAACAUCGCAUUUUAAUUGAUCAGUCAGGUGAAAUAACCAGAGUUUAAUACCAUCAUCUUAUGUGAUACAACUCACUUUGACUCUGAAGAUGACUACCGCACAAGUUGUCGAAACGUCAGUCACUGCAUGUCAACAACAAAAGUCCUAUUCAGGACUCAAUCACCCGGACAAUCAUACUCAACCUACUUAUGAUGGUAUUAUUUAUAAAGAACUGGCUCACGUUCUUAAACUUCAACUUGUUUAAUCAGGGCAUAGUAGACUCACUUGCGGCCAUGACAGUAAACUGUGAGAAAAGCAAGCCCAAGUGCACAUGUGCAAAUACCAAAAUCUGACUGGACAUUAACACAAUGCAAUAUCAUCACAUUACAGAUAAUAAUAAUUUUUUUAUGUACAAUUUAGGCCCCAAGCUAAUCUACAAUCGGCAACAAAAUUGUUGAGACAUUGUACUCAGAUAGGGUAACUUCGGGGAACAAAAGAGUCCGCACCCCUCCCCUAUCCCGUCCAUUCAAAGUUGGGGUGUUUGUUGUUUUCUCUAGGUAGCUAGAAGAAGGGCACAACAUUGCACGGAGGGGAUGGGGGAGGAAAGCUAUAUUUCCUCCUUUGGAAGUUAACAAAAUGUAAAAAAGCCAAGUUUUGGGUGAAGAGUGUCAACUCAUUUUGUCGCCGAUUGUAGCUCAAGUAUUAUGUCAUAAAUUUGCAAUAUUGUGCUGCUAUGUGAUCAAAGUUAAUAAUGCAAAUUGUUGCUGGAAAUAUCUAUAUGUUUUUGUUUUUACUAUUUGUAUCAUGUAUUGGUGUGCCAGUGAUUGAUUAUAAUCAACCAUCAAUGGAAAACUUUAAGCAACGCAAUAAUAAAUUGUUGAAAAUGUUCAAUAGAAUUUAAUGCCUGCAUUCGCAAGUGGAGGUUGGGUGCUCAUGGGCCAGGGGGCUGCAACCGCAAUACACCCCAAGGCGGAAGAACACCCACAGGCCUACCAACCCGCAACCCAGCCACGACCCCCCCGCGCCCAGCCCCCCACUAUAGCACCUGUCACACUGAGGCCAGAAGCCCAGUGGAAGUAAAAUGAACCAACCCCUGAAAGAAUAAAUAACUAAAUAAAUAAAUAAGAAAGAAAGCGGAGGGAGGGAGGGGAACCAAGAGAAACGCCACGCUAACAAAGCUUCGAGUACAACGCAAACACAACGUAGGCACGUGGCCUCCGCAUGCGCCAAAGCGACAUACGGCUGGACAGGAAUCUACCCCAUGCUCUCGAACAAUGGUAAACUCUACAAACGCAAACAUAGUCACGCACAACGCUACAGCCCACCAACGCGCUACCAAAGAAUGCCAAAAACACCCGAGACCAUAGCUCCUAGUCGUUAACUACAUUAAAUAUGAUUUAAUAGUAUUUAACGCCUGUGUCGCAAGUGGAGGUUGGGUGCUCAUGGGCCCGGGGGCUGCAACCGCAAUACACCCCAAGGCGGAAGAACACCCACAGGCCUACCAACCCGCAACCCAGCCAAGAGCCCCCCCGCGCCAAGCCGAAGGGACCUCCGGGUAGGAAACCCGGAGCAAGCGGGCUCGGGGCUGCAGAGCCCCAGGCCCCGAGGGCCCAAACCUGAGGCACCCACCCCCACGGCAGCCCCAAAGGUAGUAGAGAUACCUGCUAUGCAGCCAGCUGUCUGGAAACGUGGACGAUGGAGCUAACUGGAGUGCGAAUAUAAAUCUGGUAGGCAUCACUGGCCUACGGUCUUGAUCAGAUGAUCCGGAACUCCCUGAGCAGCAGCUGUAGUUGCCGCCCCAAUACGGAAGCUAUGGCCUGAAUAGGAGCCAGUGUAGCCAGCUGCGUGCAAGAUAGACGGAACUGUGGAUGACAACUGUUGCAGAGUAAGAGGGCGACCGUCACUAAAAGUAAAGAGAGGACCCUCAGAAGAGCCACGCAGAGCCAAGAAGUUGCCCAAGGCACGGAUGGGACACACUGGGCCCUCACCACGCCCCACAUAUAUAUCACAGCCCAUGCGAAACGGAUCAGUCUUAGAGCACUUGAUAUGAACUUUAAAACAGGUAGGAUUCACCAGGGAAUCAGCUUGCAGGUCAGCAACAGUCAUAUGGAUACUAGGCUGAAAUGCAGAAUUCACCGUGAACUCCCCAGCUCGUAAGAAACCAAAGAAACCCAAACAGCAUGCCGCCCACAGCAUCGCAUGGUCUCUCAUGGAGAAGUCCAGAUGAUGUUGAAUCGCCCGCAGAUGAUCCCGCAGAUAAACCCGCUUAAUUCCCCUGAGCAAACGCUGCAAGUGAAGGCAGUUGACGAAAGGGUCCGACAAGCCAUGGUCAAUGUGAAAUGAACGUACUGCUGACAGGUAUACUUUUAUAGAUGCGUGGGUCAAGUUGUCGGCAAAGAGUGAAGCAAAGCGCAUGAGAGUCUCCUCAUCGGCAGGAGGGAAGAAGCCAUCGCUGUUAAGGCGACCAUCCCGGCGGCAAAAGUCAAUAUAGCGACGUUGAGCAGAGAGAUAAACACGCCGAGUGGAGGGUGCGAGUCCCUGGGAGAGCAGAAACUAACACCUCUGGGUCAACACAUCUGGAGUGCGGCCAGCAGGGACUCGGGAAUCACACAGGGAGUCAGGUCAGCUUGAGGGUGACAGACGAUGAAAACGCUGAAAUUGAAAGCGUGAGAGGGAGUCAGCUACUGGAUUGGCCAAGCCGCGAACUGAAGACACAGUAAACAUAAAUGAGUGGCGUAUAGCCAGCAAGGAUAAAUGACGCAGCAACCCCAUCAAGUGGUGGUCCCGUGAAGUGCCAGACUUAAGUACAGCCACCACUGACUCAUUGUCGCACAGGAACUCAACCCGCCGAGAGACCCACUGAGAACCCCAUAAGGCGGCGGCUACAACUAUGGGGAAGAGCUCCUUGUACGCAAUCGAUAACGACCGUUGCUCCAUAGACCAAGCGCUGCAAAACCAUUUUGUGUUAAAAAUAGCCUCAUAGCCCAGUGAGCCUGCAGCAUCCGACGAGACUUGGAAGUCCGGGACGGGCGCCCACGUGGGCAUGCAAAAGAAACUGAGGCCAUCCCAGGUUUGAAAAAGCUCUCGCCACCAGGUAAGGUCGUGACGGAAUUCUAGGUUUAGCCUGAUGGGGUGAUCGUCCAGGCGGAAGGCGCAAAGCAAGUCAAUCAUCCGACAAAGAAAAGUCCUCCCUUGUGGGGCAACCUUGCAGGCGUGAUGGAGGUGGCCAAUCAAGGAUUCCAACUCCCGCCUCUUACAGAAACGUUUGGUGGACCACUCUUCAAGUAAGGCAACAAUCCGGUCUCUUUUCUCAGUGGGCAGGCGAGCCUGAAGCCUAUUGGAGUCGAGUUCAAUCCCGAGGAUAGUUAAGCAAGUCGACGGUCCCUCUACCUUGUCAGGAUGGGGGAGGCCAAGCCUUUCACAAAGGCAAACACAGGUAAGUAAAUAGAAGUGUCAGAGCGGGGAUGACGGUGGACCAAGGGUAAAAAAGUCAUCCAGGUAGUGGCGUAGGAAGUCCACGCCAUAAUUAUGAACCAAGAUCCAUUCAACCAGGUCCGCAAUACACGUGAAAAUAAAUGGCGCUGAACGCAACUUAAACGGGAGAACCAGAUCGACAAAGUACUUUCCACGCCACUGCAUCUGGGACUGGGCGAUCGUCGGGAUGGAUAGCCACAUUCGGGUAUGCACUGGCCACAUCAAACUUAGCCAUUAGUGUUCCGCGACCCCGCGCCAUGAUGCCCUCAAUAACUGCAUCGACUGAAACGUACUGCACUGUGAAGGGAGGCUUAGGAAUGCCAUCGUUCACGCUGUGCCCAACAGGAGAGGAGAGGUCAAGGAUGAGAUGCCAUUUGCCUGGUUGAUUGUUCUUGGGAAUGACCCCAAAACGGCUGAUAUGUAGAGAAGGAAAAGGAGGAGCUGAAAAGGGGCCAGCCACCCUGCCGGAGGAAACUUUGGUCUGCAAGUAGGAGUCUAUCACAAAAGGGUGCUUGAAGGAGGAACGCAUGUUCGAAGAAGUGGACUUAAGAUUGACCAUGGACGACUCAAAGCCAAUACGAAAACCCUCACGUAAUCCGGACAACACAUAGGCCACUGCUGCCUGGUCAGGAUGAUGCUGUAGCUCUGUCUGAAAUUGAUCCAGCCGUAGUGGAGAGACCUGGGAGGCUGGGGCUAAUGGCGAGAAAGAAUGAACAGAAACUGCAACGCUGGGUAUACUAACUUGAACUGUAACAGAACAAGACGACUUGACUGAGGAACGCAGAUCACGCUGCCCCCCUGACGACGCAACAAAACUAUUUACACUAUGUACACAAGCCUCACCGGGCAUAACCGCCCAUUCAGUACCGUCCCCCUCUCCUCCCGGGUUUGGGAGAUCGGGAUCGUGCGCCAGAGGAGUUGGGAAAUGGACAAUUGAUCUGGGUGUGUUCACCCUCACAGUUACUGCAGCGGUGUCGAUAUUUGCACCUACCAAAGGGCCAGCGGCACUGCCCAUCAUUCCAUGAAUGGCAAAAAGGAGGGACCAGGCUGGUGUCACGGGAGGCGGCAGGAAGUGGAGCUGAUGCCGUGGAAGAAGACGACCGAGGUGGCAGGGGUGAGGCCAUGGCUGGAGACCUUAAGUGAAAGUUGUAUAGGUCUAAGUUCAUCCUUGACCAGUCACUGAGGCCAGAGGCAGCUGCAUCCUUUCUGAACGCCAAGUCAUACUCUAACCAGGCUGAAGUAGAAAAAUGACGAGCCGUUUGAAUGAUAAGCAGCUUAUACAUGGAGAGAUCGGUCCAACGAUGUGAAUGAGCUGCUCACAGCGCCAUCUGAAAAAUAGUAAAGGCUAAUCCGGACAACACAUAGGCCACUGCUGCCUGGUCAGGAUCACUGCGUCAUCUGAGAGAAAAUGGCGAGAAAGAAUGAACAGAAACUGCAACAGCACCAUCUGAAAAAUAGUAAAGGCUAAUCCGGACAACACAUAGGCCACUGCUGCCUGGUCAGGAUGAUGCUGUAGCUCUGUCUGAAAUUGAUCCAGCCGUAGUGGAGAGACCUGGGAGGCUGGGGCUAAUGGCGAGAAAGAAUGAACAGAAACUGCAACACUGGGUAUACUAACUUGAACUGUAACAGAACAAGACGACUUGACUGAGGAACGCAGAUCACGCUGCCCCCCUGACGACGCAACAAAACUAUUUACACUAUGUACACAAGCCUCACCGGGCAUAACCGCCCAUUCAGUAUCGUCCCCCUCUCCUCCCGGGUUUGGGAGAUCGGGAUCGUGCGCCAGAGGAGUUGGGAAAUGGACAAUUGAUCUGGGUGUGUUCACCCUCACAGUUACUGCAGCGGUGUCAAUAUUUGCACCUACCAAAGUUGUAUAGGUCUAAGUUCAUCCUUGACCAGUCACUGAGGCCAGAGGCAGCUGCAUCCUUUCUGAACGCCAAGUCAUACUCUAACCAGGCUGAAGUAGAAAAAUGACGAGCCGUUUGAAUGAUAAGCAGCUUAUACAUGGAGAGAUCGGGCCAACGAUGUGGGUGAGCUGCUCACAGCACCAUCUGAAAAAAUUAAUAGUAAAGGCUUCCGUCCAAGUCAAAAUGUCUUUUAUUUCCACUUGCCAGCGUUUUGACGAGGACACCACGAGCUUACCAUCGAGGAACGUUUGCGGCUCCUGCUCCACGGCGCAGAGGUUCACGGACAACAAAUCUGCCAAUUCGACAAACUGGCCACCUACAAUUUUUGACACCAGUUUUGAAGGAAUAGGGGCAUGCCCCGGACCAACAAUAAAAGCCUUCUCAGACUUGGGAGAUGCCAAUGAAGAGUCAAGGCUUGGAAGACAGCUAGUAACGCCGGGUGAUACAAAAGUGGAGGGAGUAGGAGCCACAGGGCGGGCCGAGCUCGAGACAAUAAUGGCCGGCACUGGCGUAAAUGUAGGAACAAACGCGGGAAGGGUAAACGUACCUGUAGCCACUGAAGAAACACCGGACGUCACUUGUACUCGCACUCGAAGCGGACGCUGAAGAAAAUAAAGGUUGUGGAGCCCCGCUAGCAGAAACGCCUGGAACCGAAGAAGAAUCCUGCGAGGAGGUGUUUCUCUGGAUGGAUGAAAUAAUGGCGAGAAUGGAGUUUCCGAUUGCCUGAACCACAGCCUCGGUGAGGGAGUCAGCCAACUGAGGCGACCAAGAACUAGAAGCCGUACUCGACACAAAAUUUUCAGACGUUGCUGUAGAUGGAAGGAAGUCUUCGGUAGGAAGGCCUGCCGAUAAGCUGUUGUUGGUCGAGCAAGAUGGACGCGGCAUUACAGAGGACAACCAAAAACUCUCCAGCAGAGGACGAACCACAACAGGAACAAUGACAAACAACGGUAACGAAAACCACUUUGACCGGAAAAAACUUUGACAGAACCAAGAGAAAAUGCUAUGCUACUCAAACUGAGAAACCAAGCUAACCAAAACUAGGGCAGAACCAAGAGAAAGACUACGCUACUGGAACACCACGCCACGCCACACUAACAAAGCUUCGAGUACAACGCAAACACAAUGUAGGCACGUGGCCUCCGCAUGCGCCAAAGCGACAUACCGCUGGACAGGAAUCUGCCCCCGUGCUCACGAACAUUAGUAAACUCUACAAACGCAAACAUAGUCACGCACAACGCUACAGACGACCAACGCGCUACCAAAGAAUGCCAAAAACACCCAAGACCAUAGCUCCUAGUCAUUAACUACAUUAAAUAUGAUUUAAUAGUAUAUUGCGGGAAAAAAAUCUCAUGGUGGCAAAUAAACGUAUUAAAUACUUGUGUGUGGUCCUUUUAUCAUCUCAUAAUUAAUUCAAGGAGAAAGAGAAUUUAAUCACCUCAAAGCACAAAAAAAUUUUGAAGUCCAGCUGAGAAUCAGACUCACAACCCUGUGAGGUCUAGAUCACAACAACCACUGAGUUACUAAAACUCUAUGGCAAGCAGAGUCGAAUCCACUUGACGAUAUUUGAGCAUAAAAAAAAAGUUAAUGUUGGCAAGUGCUAACCUGUGAGCCUGCAGAUCACUGCGGUUUACCCCACGUGGUAUUUCCUUAUUUAGCACUGUACCUUAUACUGGUAUUAUCAUGCUACAAUGUAAAUGCCCUCUCAGUCAGCACUUUCUUCGAUUGCUGCAAGUUCAAGUAGCAAACUUGACCCUUCCAACCUCCCCUUAUUAUAGGCUUCCUGUAGUUGCUUGUCUUUUAUUUUACUUUUUGCUUAUUAUUUCUUUUUGUUUUUUCUUUAUUGUUUGUAAGCUUGUCUGUCUUUGUGUUCAAUUAAUAAAAUAAUUUAAGGCGGGGAAUUGUUGCCUGCGGCACCCCAUCAGCCUUGUGCUGAAGCCCCAUCACAGAGGGGCAUGUGUAUUCUGCUGGACUUGGUUAACUUGGCCAAGGACAUUAUCCCAGCCAUAUGGAUUUGUGAACCAUGCUCACCUUGCAGUAGAGGCAUGAGGCACCCCCUCGGCAUGGCGCCAGGUGCCAACACCCCUCAUCUGGUGGAUUAUCUGGCCGGUUGGUUCUAUCCGAGCCUUGCUGGCUCUUCCCUGCCCAAUUUUGCCUACCAAAGCCUUUUGUGUUGUGUUACAUUGUAUUUCUUUGUCGGCGCACCUUAACAUUAAUGCCUCUUAUGUGAAACAUGUUGAAUGUUUGAAAUUAUUACAGUGCUCUGCAUGGCCAUAGAUCGUUGCAUCCUUGAAAUGGUCCUGAAAGGUUUGGUGUCAAAAUGUAGGUUUGGUAUUGAAAUGUUUUGGUGAAUAUUUUAUUGUCUUUUCUUCUUGUAUUUAGAACCUUGUGUGGAAUAAUCUUGUCUCUCUGCCUUGUUGGAACAGUCCUUGAUGUACUCUUUAGCUUUUUCAAGCCACGCCCAUCAACAGUGAACAAAAGUGAUGGAUUUAUGCCAAUCAGAAAUGUUUCCAUAGCUACUGAUAAUUAUCAGGCUCCUCCUCAUGUUCCAGUCUUCGGGAAACAUGAUGGCAUCAGCGACAACUCACAAAUGAUUCAUUCCAUCCCUGAGGGAACAGUUAGUUGCAGUUCUUCAUUAACCAGCUUUCCUGAACAGCCGAAGGAACCAAGUAAGUUUUGAAUGUUAUCAGAUAACUUUUUUAAACUGAUUCUUGCUGGCUUCAGUUGGUACUGUACAGUACUGCAAAUGAUCCCGAGACUGUAACGGAUCUCCAAAAUGGACCACAAAUGAUCUUCGACCACAAGUGAUCCCAAAGUCGACUGCAAAUGAUCCUGUGAAAAAACUGAGGAAUGGAAUGGAUUUUAUGGGACUGAUUGCAAAAAAGGGCUGAUUAUUAAAACGGAACCUUUGGUUCUUGCCUUCUAAAGAAAAGGGAGGGGAGGACGCCACAUAACAGGUGACUCAUACAAGGCGAAAAAAAAAUGGAACAAAUCUGAAAAGGAUAUGGUAUCAACCGUAUACUUCUUCCUUUGUCAAUUGCUUCACAUUUCUUUCAAGACUGUUUCUUCACUGUAAAAAGACAGGCAGGACGUUACACCAAAAAAAAAAACUCUAUUAUUCUAACGGUUAGAAGCUCAACUUGUCUACUGAGGAAUCAGACAAAGCCGGAAACCCUCCACAUUACAAGAGCUUUAUUGACUUAGUGAUCUUUUUGGAAGUGUCGAAUUGAUUUCCAGAAUAUUUAAUUUUGAUUUUUCUCCAAUGUGUUAAUAGCCUGUGUACAGACUCCCCUCCCCUCAGGAAAAAGCGGGCGGAAGGAGGGGGGUGGGGGCUGUGUACAAAGGCUUUGUGUGUCCGUUUCGAAGCAAGACAUGAUUUUUAAAAGAAACAACCGUCAAAAUGUCCCCGAACUCAUCAAUGUCCACAGGUUUAGGUUUAUUUCGAAAUACAUUAACGCUUUAGUAUAUGUAUAUUCAUCUGUUCUGCCCUUGCUGGAGACAGUUACUAGGAAUCUAAACCUGGUAAUGAGAAAUGCAAAAGUGUUUGUAAGUGGUAGUUAUCUCGUGACAAAAAUCGUAGGAAAUCGUCACAUUCACGGACUAAAAGAAAACCGCUUAUAAAUAUUCGGAUCCAGGAGGCACUUUAAAAAAAAUUAAACAACCUGAAACCCCUAUUUAUCCACAAUGAAGAGCAUAGCAUUUCAAAAGUGGUCAAACUAAUGCUCUUGCAUCAAAGGGCAAAUCAUGCCGACCAGAAAUAAUAACCGUAGAAAAUCAAUAUGCGUGCCAUGACCUCUCAGUUUGAAAUAAGCGGCAAAAAUCUCAUUUACUUAGACAAGUCCUGUGUUGCCUGCCGAUCUGUUUUUACACUUGAAUGUUGUUUUUUUUCCAUCUAGUUUUUAUUCAUGUAUUUAUUUGAGAAGUAAAGUUUUGCUUUUAAUCUGACUUUUUGUAAUAAUAGUAAAAUUGACUAGAUGAUCCGCUAACUUGAGUCUGAGCGAUUCCUAUUUUUCUUUCCGGAUCAUUUGCGGUCGACUUUGGGGAUCACUUACAGUGGAGGAUCAUUUUCGGUCCAUUUUGGGGAUCAUUUGCCGUCUCCGGAUCAUUUGUGGUUGGGGGUGAUUUGCGGUACUGUACAGUACUCUUAAAUAUUUUGCAACUAGUUUAGCCAGGAUGGUUAAACAUAACACUAUGAAGCCAUAAUUGGCUGUUACUUGGCGGGGAUUGGGGGGUGGGGUUGUUGGCCAUAUGGCCAAGGGAGUGACUGGGAGAAAGGCCUGUGCAAUGAGUAGGGCAGCUUUCUGUCUUGCCUUUUUCACCUGUCUUUGCUGCAGUAAGGUCACAUGCUGAGGGAUCAAUUUCCUGUGUAUCUUUUGAACCAGAUUUCAGGUUUACCUGCAGCAGACAUCAGUUUUUCUUAUUAGGUUAUCUAAGAAAGUGAACAUUAUCAUUGCAGUAGAAUGAACAACCAAAGUGUUUGAAAAAGAAAAUAACCUGAAAAAAAUUCAGGCUUGACUGGGAAUCAAACCCUGACCUUCCCAUCGGCCGGACACAAUGUUCUAUCCAUUGAGCUAAUCAAACCAGCUGGAGAGCAAACCGUUGUGACAGGGUUGCCACAGUCAGGGAAAAGCCAGGGAAAAACAAAAAUUUUUCAAGGUAAGGGAAAAGUCAGGGAAAAUCUUUGAUAUUAUCAAAGUCAGGGAAUUCUGUUUUCUGGUUUAUAGUUCAUAAGUUUCCUUCAAUAUUUUGAAAUGCAUUUUCUUUUGGAAAAGACGAAAAGUACGCUGCAAAGCAAGCAAAGCAAUCAAUUUGACACUUUACGUCUGACACAUGUAGUAGUUGUGGUCAGUGGUUUUCGUUGUAAAUGCUUUCUUCCAAAUUCCUUCUUCCUCUUUCCAGGAAAAGCGGAAAUAGGGUGAAAUGAAGAGAAACUAUCAAUGGCCUGCAAAAAAAGCUAAAGUGAAUGUAAACGUCGAUUGUUUCUCAUUAAUAAAAGGUCAGUGAAAACUGUUUAAAUGUCAGUGAAAAGUCAGGGAAUUUUUAACUUUCUGAUGAAUGGCAACCCUGUUGUGAGUUCGUAAUGUAUCUGAUGGUCGAAUUGACAUAAAUUGAUGAAAUAAAUCAUAUUUUGAACUGCGGAAAAAGAUCGUGUUCACUUUCAUAUCUGCACUGAAUAUUUUUGUUGAUUGUGAAAGGCAAUUUAUUUGUUUAAUUGUUUUUUUUUAUAUACACAGAUGUGGUGGCAAAAUUCUUUUUGUGUUUUUCUCUUAUCCAAAACACAAACCGCAUUUUGAGUACUAAAGUUCCUCCAGGUGCAAUAACAUCUAUCAAUGGCAUGAGAGUAUUGAGUAUGUGGUGGGUUAUACUUGGACACUGUUAUGCUUUUCAGACGAUGGCUGGUCUUCCAAGUAAGUUAUUUCAUAUUUUUAUCGCCAAUAAACUCCCAAAAAGUUACUAUAGAAGAAGAAAUAAUUCUAGUAGGCAGCAACUGUUUCAAUAUUUUAAAGCCCAAAAGGGCCUUUUGUGCAACCCUGGGUCUGAGGAGUGUCAGUGUAGGUAUGAGAGGGGGGUUGUUUUCCUCUCAUUGGAGUGGUUGCAGCUUUAGGAUGGUGUAGUUCUCCUCAGUUCCUUAGACAUUGCAUCUUUGGUUGCUCAUCAGAGACAUUCUGAGCCCAUUAUUUUAACAGAGUUUUGCCAGUGAUUCACAGAACUGUGUUCUAAGUCAUUUUUCACGCUGUUCACCAUGAAUAGGGACCCUUGAAGUCCAAUGAUGUCUGAAACCACAGCCUAAGUUAGUCCUCCUUUAACCCAUUCGCCCCUGGAAUUUUUGCCAAAAAACGCUUUUUGAAGCUAGUCAAGCGAUUUUCUGGUCACUGUUGUGCUAUAAAGAGCUAAAACUUACCAUAAAGCCAUUUACAGGUUGCACACUUUGCAGCCCUUCUGAUCCAGAUGCAAAAUGUAUUUAAUCUGUUUACUGCCAAAUGCUUACCCUUCAAGGCCUUAACUAUAAGCAUGACUGGUUGGGGAUACCAGGAACAGAAGCUAGAAACUACUUGCAUUUAGUGUCUCUUCUCUUGAGUGAUGUAUCUUUGUAUGUUUUGUAGGUAACCUUUUUACAUUUUUUGGCAUCAUUAAACGCUUUACAUUUCAAGCUAUAGGAAAUGCAACCUUUUCAGUUGACAGUUUCUUUUUCUUGAGGUACAUCAUGAUUAUCGUAUUAAACUUUAAACAUUAUAAAUAAAAUUAUAAUAAAUAAUGAUAAAUACUUAAUUAUCCCCUCUUUUUAUGAGGCUUUUCAGGGAUAAUGAUACAAGUAAUUUAAAUGGAAAUAACAUUGAUGGUUUUCAAGAAUCUGGCAAACUGGUUGGCUUUUUACAAGCUUGGCCGAUGAUGUGAACUCAAACUAGUGGUCAGGACCUCAAAAUUAGUGGUCAGGGCAGGGCCUGUGGAUUACAAGUCCAGUGCUGUAACCUGUGGGCCACACAGCCUCCACAAUAACAUACGAGGGGAGAUUUACAUGUUCCUUUAUAUGGUUAAAGUCUCCAAAAACUGGUUUUGUUUGCAUGAUGGCAAUAAAACAGACUUGUAUAAUUCUAAACAUUAAUUUUUACGUUAAUAUGUAGAUGAGUUCUUAGUGGAAAAACUGGCCGGGAAGUUAAGGCAUUUAUCAAAUGUGAUGAGACAGUAAAGGUCGAAUUGGAAUUUGGAACUGUUGGUGUCUGAAGAGAGGGGAAAAAUCUUUUAGAGCAAGGGAGCAAACCAACAACAAUUUCAAACCACUUAUGGUGUCGAGGCCAGGAUUUGAACCUGUCCCCAUUGGUGGGAGGUGAAUGCUCUCAGCACUGUAACACCCUUGCUUUCAUACGUCCACCAGUGAUAGCUUUCACAAAACAGUCCCAUAGGCAAUUUGACACUGACCCUGUCACAUGUUCAACCUCUAAAUCGCCCAUAGAGGGUCAAAUAAAAUGACUAAAGAAGAACAUUGGGUACAGGGUACAUUAAUGAAUUGAUUGUAUUUUGGAAUGAGAAGACAGAAAUUUGUGGCAAAUUUCUCCAACUGCAAAUGUUUCAACCAUUAGAGUGGGACAGUUAUGUUAUUAUUAAUGCCCACCAAAUAUAUUGGAUUUUAGCCUGCAAUAAAAACCAAAACACUUGUUUUUAUUCUGAAAUACAGUCAAUCGAAAGUUCCCGAAGUGUCUUUUGUGGGGAGACAUCUGUUACGAGAUAGUCAAGUGAAGACUUACCUUUUGAUUCUAAUCCUUUUGUACUCAACAGCGGCUUCUUAGUUGCAUAUUUGUCUCUUCGGCACAUGCAGAAAAAUAAUGGGCAGCUUCCACUCUUCAAGUACUAUUUUCAUCGCUUUUGGAGGUGAGCGAACAGCAGACAUACUAUCCUUUUUUGUUCGGGUGAAAUUUUUGGAUCCAUCAGCAUCUGUACUUUCAAAAGCAAUGUUAGUGUGCUUUGCUUAAAAAAUGGGAGUAUUCUUGUGAAAUUGCCCGGUAAUGAACUCUUAAACUCGUCACUAAUAGAUGAGUUUGGGUGCUGGUGUCUUCAGGAUUAGUAAAGCGGUGCAAUGCUCUAACAUGAGGGUAGGAACCCUGGGAGCAGCCCCCACAAGGCACUGUCACACUCAACCGUUUAGUAGAAUACGUAACCACCAAUUCUUACCAAAAACCCCUUACUGGGGGAGAAACACAGCACUUAAACGGCAUGCAAGUAACAGUGCUAUAUGAGACGACACCUUGUGAAGAACUGCAAGCAAGCAACUGCGUAAAAACAAGACACCAUAUAAUUGUAGUGGGGAAAACUGCAAACCAGCUUUGGUUCGAGGUUAAAUUCGAUGUCUUUUAAAACUAUGGGGAAUAUGAUUGGCCAGGUGAGUGUAGCCUGCCCUACCUAAUCAACACAAUCUCCAAUCCAGGGUUUCUCGGUUGCAGUCCCUUCUGUACUUUUGACAUCAUUUUCCAGAUGUUGCAAAGGUGUUCCAUAUUUGGUCUGAAUAAGCUGGUUAUGAAGAAUAGACCAUGUGAUUUAUAUUUCUUUUAUCGCUAAUACUCCGCAGAUUGACUCCUACAUACAUGUUUGUUUUGCUGUUUUUUGACAAACUGACAGUAUUUCUUGGUGAAGGCCCUUAUUGGCCAAAUUAUCAGUCAGAUGAAGCUUGUAACAAAUAUUGGUGGACAAAUCUGCUCUACAUCAACAACUUUUAUCCUACAAAAUUUGCUGCUUCGGUGAGUUUUUUAAAUUAUUGAUUUAUUGUUUGUUUUGGACAAAUAUUUUCUGCUGGGUCAGUAUUUUACAACAGAAAACUUGUGUAUUUAUUUUAUUAACAUGCAGCAGCAUAAAAUGCAAAAUAUCAAAUUAAUUGUCAUGGUAAUUUUAUAGAUGAGAGGAUAACGGUGCACUUCCUCUUUACAUACUUUUUGCCAACGAACAAGCCGAGCGAAGACGGUCGGCCCUCGAGGCGGCCAGCUUAAUGCCACGCGAAGUAUAGCCUGCGAACAGCAGACGCAUUACCGGUCGUCGUUUCUCCUCCUCUCUCUUUCGGAGGGAGAGAAGCGACGACUGGAAAUGCGUCUGUUGUUCCCAGGCUAGGCGAAGUAUUGCAGCAGGCAGAAAAAUUCUCGAUCGUGCUGUGAAAAGGGUAGUUAUUUGGGUGUGGCCCAAAUAGAGUAAUGGAAACGGCUUGUUUUGAUGCAAAUAUGCAAUAGACACGCAAUACGUGCUAGCGUAAACAAGGCAAGUAAACAUGCGAGGCGAGGCGAAUGUCUGCCAUGCGAACGUCUCAGUACAAGGUAAGAGGCAUGUGGGAAAGAAAGCUCUGCUAGCACACGGUUCUUUAUCGCACUUUUGCGAUCUCAAAAGUUAAUAUGAAUCUUCAGUGUUUUUGCCUCAUCGAAAUUUGAAAGUCAAGUCUAGGGAUGAAACCUAUCAAAAAUAUUUGGAAUAUUAACGUCGGGUUUUGGUCACAAUAAGAUCACAAGCAACGAACCUUGAAACAUAGAACCCCACAAAACGCAUCGAAUUCCACCAAUCACAAAUCACAAACAAUGACCCGUUGAAGUAAACUUUCGUUUCCUAAGAGGUCCGCUAAGAUGAUUGGCGUCUGACAUUUUUGUACGAGAGGAUUGAAAUGCACCAAUCAUACAGUUUUAAUUGCAUGUUUCUUAAGAGGUCCUCUGAAUUUGCUGUUUUCUUUAUUUUAUGUCCAUUUUCUUUUCCUUAUUUUGUGAUUGGCCGAUUUUGUUAGGUCGAGUGGAUAAUCCAGGGGGGUGGGGGGGGGGGAAGAGACGAGGUCUGGGACCUAAAAACUAUGUUCUUACAACUUGCAAAGCGGUCGCCCUGCGUGAUGGUCAGCGGAUAAUUGCAGUAUUUUUCCCACAGUAAAUAUUUUUUGACUUUUUAGAAGCAAGAAGGGAACCGGUGGAGAAAAUGAGAAGUGCGUAAAAAAUUGAAAAAAAUAAUAUCAUGCAUCUUUGUCUUUCUUGCAUAUCGUAUUUGUCUUUCGGUACUGAAAUUGCGGGGGAAACUAAAACGCAACCGUGUUAGAUCUUAACUUCAACAACGAGCUCGAUCGAUUUUAUAGGUUACAUCGUUCUUGCCGGGCAAGGAUAACUUGAUGCUGAUAAAAAUCACUGGAGAAAGUGUCAAACUCAUCGGAAGCAAGUAUAUUCAAAGAGCCUUAUAAAUAUGAGCUUGCAGCUCUACAUAUCAUAACUGAUUAAACAUUCACACUUCAUAACAUUUCACUUCGUUUAUUACGAUCAGUCAACACCUUGAAUUCAAAGUUAAAAUUCAAAACGAUCCUAAUAAACAAAUCACAACUACUACUGAAAGCUCUGUACCUUGAAGUGACUUUAACUUUCCUAAGGUUUGCAACAAAACACUGCUUGAUAACUCAACAGGUGGCCCAAGCUCAGCAUGAGAGUUUUAAAAUCAUUAAUACAUUUGACUUUAUAUUGCAUAAUCCUUAAAAUAGCCGUGAACGUAAAGGAUUUGUUUGGGAAUUCAGGUAAAAGAUUCAACAAGGUAAAUACUUGCUAGAAUUUUCGAUAAAAUACACCUUACCUUAAUUACUUUACGAGUCUUUGCUUACUCUGCAGUUAUUUUCCCGAUCCAUUGUGAUUUAAGCGAUUUCCUUUAACCUUGAGAAAUCGCUUAAAUCACAGUGGAUCCUGUACUUAAUGAUUCUUAUCUGUCUUUUCAGUGUAUGCCAUGGGCUUGGUACCUCGCUAAUGACAUGCAGUUCUACAUAAUUGCUCCCGCCAUCCUUUUUAUGGCACACAGGUAACCUGUUGUGGCGGCGUACAUGUAAAUGAUAGUUCACAUUUCUAUAGUUAGUGCAGUUGAGCUUCCAUUAAACAGCUACCUAUUAACUGGCCACCCUCUAUUAAGCGGAAGUCUUAAAAUAAUUGUGGAAUAGAAUUGUAAGUUCAUCCUCAAUAAUGUAGUUUUUGCCGUCCCGACUAGAGUUUUCUAUUAUUUUCUCCUCUGUCAGACGUAGCGGCAAGGUGUCUUUCAUGACUAAGACCUCGUCGGUACUGGCCCCGGUUGUUCAAACGUUGGAUAGCGCUAUCCACCGGAUAAAUCACUAUCCAGCGGAUAAGUAUUACGGAAAUCAAUUACGCUAUCCGCUGGAUAGUGAUUUAUCCGAUGGAUAGCGCUAUCCGACGUUUGAACAACCGGGGCCUGGACUACAGCUUGCAAUACUUGCAAUACGAGAUUCUCUACUACCCUUUUGACCGCUGGAGGUUUAAAACCAUCACGGGAGCAAUCAACACUGCCAAAGCUGCCAAAUGCUCUCCCGCCCCAAGUGUAGAAGCUAAAACGUUCAGCCACUAAUGCUGGCAAAACCAACACCGGUUUUUAGUGGACCUUCCCGUGGACGCAGUGGAGACAAAGUUCGGACCCGCAGAGGUUCUCAUUGAUGUUUUGGACCGCCGCGGACCCGCAGAGGUUGCCAUACCCGAAACACUGCACAUGGCACAGAGCUGCGAAACCAAACGGGUCGCGGACCCGCAGAGGUUGCCAUACCCGAGACACUGCACAUGGCACACGUCCUCCAACAGAUCAUCCGCAGAUUUUUAUGCGGCAAAAAUACCAAUCGUUGGAGAAACCACGUCUUCGCCAGCAACUCAGAUCGCUCCGUAAACAACGUCAGAAACUACUUUUACCGCUACGAAUUUCAAAAGGGGGAACACUGCUCACAUUCUGGUUUGUUUGGAGGAUCUGUCCGCACUUAAUCAAGAUCAAUUCUCCGCUUUAAUCCCUUGGGUAAGAGCUGACAAGGCGUCUGAGAUCUUUGAUUUGCAAUCCUCCCGCAGUAGUGCCUUACCAUUAAGAAUAGAUAAGCCCCUACAGAAGUUACCACAGACGAUGACCAGUCGCAUAUCGCGUUCCAUUAUACUGUGGCCGACAAGAAUAACAACAUCCGGGCCUACGUCCCAAGUUUAGUAGGCGCCUUAUACCGUUGUAUGGACGUGCAGUCCUCCGACGGCAAAGGAAUGCUCUUAAUCCACGUUUCCUCGUACGUUGCCAAAUAACAUGACGCUGUGAAAAGCCAGGAGUUAUACUCAAGAGAUCUGGGAACCUGCCAGGCCGCUGCCAGCUUUCUGAAGACUAUGACACCCCUUGAACAUGAGAUGUUGCUCCAACUAACAUCUAUGAAGAUCGCGUGGAAAAACUCGAGGAAUAAGCCAUUCACUGCUCCGAGACCCGAUUACACGGAGUGUGCGAUAUACAACAAGUACUUGGCGCGACCUGCUGCAGCAGACAACUUAAGCUUCUAAGAGUGGCUGUGAGAGUACGACCAUGAGAAGGUUGUCCCUAAGAAGUACAAAGAUGACUAUCCUCAUAAACAAAACGAUCAGACUAGAGACCUUCGGGAAAGUGUACUGCCAGAGCCAUUUAAGUACUUCGUAACUGCGCUUGAGAAGAUGCCAGACGUCUUAAGUACAACAGACGGGAUCCUCGACUACUUCGCAAAAGAAGCCCACAAACGCUGUUUCCUGGACACCAUCGUCUACUUCAUUAAGUCUCUGAAAGACUUAUACGCCAUCUGUUAGCUAGGUGUGAUUGAAGAUUCUUUCGCAAGCUCGCAGAUAGACACCUUCCCCCAAAAGUGCCCCUUAUCACCCCAACACACCGCGCUCCAAACCCGUUUCUUGGCUUUGAUUAAAACGCGAGAAGCUGACAUCUUCGGAAGAGCAAGUCUCCUGGAACGAUUAGUAGCUCCUUCUACUAGACAUGAUGAAGGGCAAGAUUGGCACCGACAUUAAUUAUUAUUGGGUUGCCUGGUACUGGCAAGACGCAGGUACUUAAACGCUUGCUUCACACCCUGAUACAGGAAGAAUUUCAAGUCACCCUUUGUGCACCCCUAGCUUUGCUUGUCACUGCGUAUCGCAAAGAAUCCUCUCCGGAUUUACAAGCAGAUACCGUUUUUGCCUUGAUUAACAGUCCCGUUACCGAACAGCAAGAGCAUAGUCAACUACCAACUGGGUAAAUAUGACGCCGUCACCAUUGAUGAAGCAUCGAUGGUAGCGGAAGACACCUUCGCCCUUACCCAUGAGAGUCUGGAGAAGCAAGUACAUCGUCUAGUAGUCAUCAUUGCUGGAGACGAGUUCCAACAGCCGCCACUUCAAACCAUUAAUGGCAAAACAGUACAAACGGCGUGUUGACAAAUAGAGAGAUCGUAAAUAAACUUUUCUCAUGGAAUUGUGAAUGGCUCACGCGGCCCAAUUAUACAUUGAGUGAGCUGGCCGACACACUAUAUGCAAAUAUUGCCACAGUAUCGCACUACAAAGACGAACUGUUUACCAAGAAUGUCGUCGACCUGCUCGUAAAUAAGGUGCAGCCAGUUUAAGUAGUUCUGCAGAGGUUCAACCGCAAAGACUCGUCUGUUCCCGAAGAACCUGACGAGCACGACCUCGCCGCACUAAUGAACUUUGUGAAAGACUCUACACUUCAAUCACCUCCUAAAGAAAUGUACGCCGCCGCUGACUUUGCGCGAUUAUAUAGCAUCGCAGUGUAUUACCAACGGCGAUGUGGCAGCAGAAGACGAACAUGGCUUGUCCAUGUGGGACACCCUUACUACCACUAGUUCUCGACCAGCGGGAAGAGCUGGAACUACUAGUUGCUACUGUUAAACGCUUUCCCCCCUUCCCCACAAAGAACAACUUUCUCCACGACACUGUUGGCGUGAAUCAUCACCAAAUGAAUCCUCUUGUCUUCCAUGAAGGACUUCGUACUUCAUGUUUACUUUCGUUUACAACGUUAGCCGCUGUACUUUCAGUACUUUCAAAAACAAGUCUUCUGUGCGCAUCACGUUGUGUUAUUUCAUAAAAUUAGGGUGAUAAGCUUCACAGGUUUUCAAUCAUUCAUCGCAUUUGAAUACUACUUUCAGAUGCUCUACAUCAACACUUUCUCUUCUUGUAAGAACAAGAUUAAGUUACAAUAAAGUUUCUGAUCCUAUCGAAACAUUGGUCACACACUUCCUUGUCUACACCUGUUUACGUACGUUCCCGUCCUAAAUUUUGGGUGGGAUAUAUGGUUAGAGAAGGAAUCUGGAAAAUUCUGCUUUGUAAUGAUGCGUUGCUGAAGGGGCGCAUUCGAAGUACAAAAAGCAACAUGUCGCUAUGAACGCUAAUCGGAUGCCUAAAGCCAGUUUCCCGGUUGCUAUAGACGGGUCGCUUUAUUCUAGUUUCAACCUGUAAUAACAUUUCAGUUACAGGCAUUGCCAGCUUAGUCUAUUUACUGUAGUAAUGCUCAUGCAAAGUAUGAACCCAAGGGUUGGUUAUCCCGAGGGUGGCUGCUUAAUAGAGGUUCAACUGUAACAAAGGAAGAUUUACAUUUUUAAAAAAAUUUUGGUACCCAGUUUAAUAUUUGAAUUAAGAAAUCUACCGCGUAUUACGAUAAAUUACAUUGAUUCUUUAUACAAGUGACAAUUUCCUGUUUGCAUUUUUUUAGCCUUGGAAUAGGCUCUCCAUUUGGGGGAAGCUUAGGGGAAGGAGGCUAAAAAUCGUGAGGAGAUGGCGAAAGAAGAAAUGGAAGUGGGGAGGUUGGGGACUGUGUGAAAGGCUGCCCCGCCCUUUUCCCCUCCCCAGCUUUGUCUGCGGCCUCCGGCGUGACUGAGACUCACGCUGUACUUUUUCCUCGUUUCUAACAAGGAAAAUAAAAAUAUUUAUUACUACUAGUACGUUAUACUACUCAAACAGCAUCUAAAACAAGCACGAACGGAUGGUAAUAACAGAGAAGUUAAUCUACCUAAACCAGUUCAAGAAAUGUCUGAAGACUAUACCACAGCUCAUCAUUUGGAUGGCCACAUACCUUUUACUCGUGUAUGCGCAAAGAAUUUUCACUAUACUGGCAGCUGGAAUUUUUCUGAACAAUACAUCCACGAGUUGCCCAUAGUUAACUUUGAUUCUUAUUACAUGUCAUACAUAAUAGUUUGUAAUUUAUCAAAUUUGUAAGGAGGAAAGGAAUUCUCUACUUUGUGAUUUUAAACAAGUGGGGUGUACAUUUCAACUAGUUUUGUAAGCACUGAGCAAGGAAAACUCGAAUCUUAUGGUUAGGUAAAAUUGAUUCUAAUAUAAUGCUUUUGUUUUGUUAGGUUUCGUCUUGUAGGAAUGCUGAUUAUUGUUGGUGUGCUUAUGGGUGCCAGUUUUAUUACAACAGCCAUUAUAUACGCUCACUAUGACCUUGCAGCCGUGAUGUUAGGGGCGAAAGCACAAGCUAACAUGUAAGAAUUGUCAUGAGUGUUUAAUCAUACUUGUCACCCCCAAAAUGUUCAUUUGCUUAGGCUCUCCAUUUAGGCACCGAAUAUUUUGUCCUGUUGCAUUUAUUUCAUUUGUUUCAGCGUCUUGUCUACUAGUUUCCCUAAGCAGGAAUUUGGAAGGCGGAGAAUGCUAUUUAUGGGUGUUAACAUUUGGGGUAGCCUGCAAGCAAGCUCCCUCGGGGAGAACACUCCCGUACCCCCUGGAGAGAUUGCUCGCAGGUUUACGUUUGGGGUGCCAUAUUGCAUUUUUAAGACAUCACACAGGCAUCCAUACAUAAACUAUUCUAAAAAAUUAGGUCAACAAAUGGUCCAUCUGAAAUGAUAUUGUAAUGCAUCUUUUCUGUUACGUGAUAAGUGAAAGGUUUAAAGGGACAGGUUCACGGUUAAGCGCAUGCUCAUUAAUUAAAUUACUUUUUUCUAAUUUAUUAUUAAUGCUAUCAUCGGUUAAUAAUCCCACUCACAUGUAUCUCAGCGAUCUCAGAGAACCUGAUGUAGGAUGGAGGAGUACUAAAAUCGCAGAAAAAAUUAGUGGAUUAUGCCAACACUACCAACGUUGAAUUUAUUGUUGACUCAAAGGUUUUAUUCCAUGGUUGAUUAAUUUAAAGCUAUUUGCAAACACUUAAGUUGAUCAAGUGCAAGUGACUGCCAGUGUGCAGAUUGGUUCUUUGACAACAUUAUGACAUGAUCAUUUUGCUUGCAUAGACAAUCCAGCAUGUCCCGGCAGAAAAACAGCAUUUUGACAAAUGAGCAUGCGCUGAACCGUGAACCUGUCCCUUAAAGAAAAUAAAGGAAAGCAUAAAGGUGACGUAUGGACAUUGUCUAUCCCUCCCCGAAUCUGACAGGGGUUCAAGUCUUUUGAAGAUGUUCUUAACAUUCGUUGGAACUGUGAACGCAUUGCCAUAAAAGUUUCUCUUAGGUGCAUUCUCACUUCCUAUCUGCGUGGCCUUUUCCCAGAUACAAAAUACUUACUGAUAUGGCUUCCUUGCUAGACCGUCUGUUCAGAUCCCCCUAUUUUUCCCCUCUUGAAGGGGUUCGGUUUCCCUCCUUCUACCGCUAUAAUUUCCGACACUCGCCCCCAUGGUACUUUUGAAACCAAGGUUGUCACUCGUUUCACUAAGCGCUUGAACAGUCUGUGAACAGUCCACCUUGCUACCCUGACCAUCUCUGGGAUAACAAAAAUCCAAUAUCCAGCCCCAGCCAAUGUGUAAAAAAACUUUGCGAAUACCAGGUCAUAUGCAAAUAAUUUUGUUUUCGUAGGGCCAAAGGUAUAGAUUCACAGUCUCUGACUUAUGUGAAACCUUAUUGUCGCAUUGCACCGUACCUUGUUGGUAUGCUGUUAGGACACAUAAUUCUACACUUUAAGGACUGGAAGAUGCCCAAGGUAACAAGUUUAAACAUACGUACAUACAUGACUUAUUUGUUAACGCAGGUCAGAUUACAUUAGCCUGUGAAAACAGCCGACAUUUCGUGACGCCACCUCUGGUUUCCCCGCCUAAUGACGUCUGAGAAACGAGCACAGAAAUUCCAUGCUGAUGACUUGUCAUUACCCAGAUUGGAUAGUGCUUCUGAUUGGUUGGAAUUUGCUUCGUCCAGUCAUAAGCACUACCCAAAUCUGGGGGUGACGCGUCAUCAGUAUGGAAUUUAUGCAGUCGUUUCUCAGACGUCAUUACGCGGGGAAACCAGAGCUGGCGUCACGAAAUGUCGGCUGUUUUCUCAGGCUACGAUUACACAAAGUUAGUAGAGGAGACCGGUUAUGAAAGCUGGUAAAAUCAAAGAUGAAAACAACGGUGCUCCACUUUAUUUUGGAAGUUCGUUGACCGUGCUCAAUCAAUGCAAUGUUUUUAUAGGUCAGUUAGUUCAAAAUGAUAGGAAUGCUGUUGAACGUUGUGUACGGUCAGGUCCAAAAAGCGAACAAAAACAUAUAACAAAGGAGUCUGUCAGGCUUCAUAACCAUUCCACUUGCGUAACUAUAGAUUACAUAAGCAAGGCAAAUGUGCUGAUGUGGUCUACUUGCAGUACAGUAAACACCAGCUUAUGAGAACGAGCGGAUGAAGAACAUCAGGCUGAAAGUUGGCUAAUAAAGCAGUGUCAUAUUUAUGUUCUUAUAUAAAAAAAUAAAGAGAAUGCCACGAUAAGAAACCAAUACGGUGUCUCAGCUUAAAGCACUAUGGUUUGCUGGCUCAUACGAAUCGUUAUACGUUUCUGGGAAACUGCCCACCUACCCCUCCCUUAAUCCAACAUUUUUCCCUACAUGAGACGUAUGUGUUAUUGUUGCCUUAGAGGAGGAGUAGGUGGGCAGUUUCCCAGAAACGUUUAAUCCCAUACAAACUCAGGGACUGCUGGUUUUGAGAAGCAAGAAAUGUUAUGAAAUGUUAAGACUACUUGAUUAUGAUUACUCAUAUUAUUAGUAGUAUUUUUUUAAUUUGAAAUUUAUUUUUUAGUGUAAGUAAUAAAACAAUGUAAACGCAACCAGGUUCCUAAAACUGGUAAGGGGACUUUCUUCCUUUCCCAAGGUGCGUACAUAUAUGUUCAAUGUUGCUGGGUGGUGUGUUGCAAUCGCUCUGGCUUUAUCUACACUGUACGGUGAAUACAGUGCUGUGAGAAAGGACAAUCCAAAGCCCUUCAAUCGCGCCGAAAAUAUCAUAUACGGGACCUUCUCACGCUGUGCAUGGGGCUUGGCACUAGCUUGGGUGAUUUUUGCAUGUCAUCGCGGGCUCGGAGGUAGGUGUCGAUUUGUUAGUCAGACUUGAGUUGUUUGCAGUCGAAAAUCUCCUUAACAUUGUAAGUGUUACGGAAACACCUAAAGGUUGUCUAGAGUUUCGUUCGCUUGUGGACGUAGAAUCUUCUGAGGCACCUUUUCAGGACAAUAUCGGCAUCUCAUAUAAGUGACUUACCUUACGUUAUUUACUGCAGUAACUCGCGUUUAACCCUAAUCCAAUGUAGGUGCUACCUAUUUGACUGCACUAGAAGAAAGUUGGAAUUAUUUGGUGGACUUUGAGGAGUAAAUUGUAACAUAUCGGCUGACUUUGAAGCAUGUUUGAGCUCAUUUCAUGUAAUUCUGACUGUGGUUUUCUAUUUUGUAGGUUUGGUGGACAAAAUUCUGUCAGCUCAUUUCUGGAUUCCAUUAAGCCGACUGACUUACUGUGCCUACCUGGUUCAUCCGAUCGUCCUGGUCACAUAUCUCGGUUCCCUGGAGACUAAUCAUGAUUACUCUGAUGUCCUUAUUGUAAGUAACAAUUCUAAUGUCUUGAGCAAAACCUUUUACUGGAACUAA